AUGUACAAAGGCGAGUACCAUGGCAAGCAAGUGCACCCCCCGGACUUGAACAGCGUGCUGGGCAGGGCAUGGGAGGUGUUGAAAAGAUUAUCAUCACAGCUGGAAACCUGUCGAUGGCGCGUGAGGCUCUUGACCUCGCAAGGACGGAUGGUACGUCAUCAUUCGCUGGCUAAGGUAUCGUUCUCAGGCUCCCGGAGAACUUGCUUUGAUUCCGUUUGGCACCCAUGGCAGCAUGUUGUCCUCGUGCAUUUGAGGCGGUUGGAGACAUUGCAUGCACUACACUACACAGACCACACUACACACACUGCACUACAUACACUACACAACAUACGCUACACUGCAUACACUACACUACAGUCAGUAUUUACUGCUGGUUAG